AUGGGCGACAAUCACACAGAUCCCGUGCUGCGCCUGCAGUCACACCAGUCGCUCCCACCGCCGCCGCCGGCUCCCAGCGACGCCCGAGACGACGCGCAGCCGGAACGCGACCAGACGUCGACGCCGCAUAGCGACAAGCACCCUGGACAGGCCCCCACAGCCCCGGCGAACGCGUCGGAACAUCAACAACCCAAUCAGCAAGAGGGCAAUCAGCAUCCGGCUGUGUCAAUACAAGACGCGUCGGGCGGGUCUGAUCCGGCGCAAAGCCACGUCUCACAGCACUCGACGCCUACCCUGCCGCCCAUGAAUUAUCAGCACCAACCCACGGUGCAUACUCCGGCACCGGUCUCUGCUCCAGCGCCUGCACAUGGUCAGAACGGCCACCACCCGCAACAUCACCAACCUCCACCACCACAACACCACCCUCAACCAGCUCCGGCGCACAAUACCAAUGGUUCACCGGUUCAAUACACUCCACAUGGCCACGCACCCCCACCGCCAAACUACACGUACCCUUCAGAAGCAGGCAUGCAACAAGCCCCGUCGAGUAUACAGACCAACGGCGGGCCUGUCAAUGGCUACGCACCUCACAUGGGCUACCAGGUACCGCUUGGGACACCGCACCUCAGCACAAGUCAGCUUCCAGGAACACGACAUAAGAAAGAGAUCAAGCGUCGGACAAAAACAGGCUGCUUGACCUGUCGGAAGCGCAGGAUCAAAUGCGACGAAGGUCAUCCUGCUUGUCGUAACUGUCAGAAAAGCAAGCGCGAAUGUCUAGGCUACGAUCCCAUCUUCAAGGCUCAAACCUCACCACCGACCAUUCAACCAGCUCCGGGCGUNUUUCCUCCCCAGCCGCCUCAGCAGCAACCGCAACAACAGCAGGUCAAGCUCGAACCACAAAUGCCUUCAGAGCCGCAGCGUUAUGCGAACGUCCCGCAAGGAUACAUGCCCGCCGCGAGCGCUGGGUACUCUCCGGCCACAGCCUUACAACCACCUGUCGAUUUUGGUGCUCACAUUGAUCCUGCCUUGGGCCCUGCAAACCCGGCAGUGGCACACCCUCCUGCACAACCGCAGCCCCAUCCUCCACCGCCUCAACAAGAAUACACAACUAGUUUGCACCCACAGCGAAACGGUAUCUUGAACUGCUGCUGCCUGUACCCAGCUUGCUCUUUGCUAACAUAUCUUAGUGCGUCUNNUGUCACCAUGGAGUCGCUGUGCAGCCUCGAUGACAUCCCACCAACACUGCCUCCACACAAUCCUAAUCCUCUCCCGUCCAAUGACAUGGAACAGAUUCGCGCCAUGUACCUCGCAGAAUAUGCCUCUGGACUGGACCGCUUCUUUGAGACCAGCUGGUACACGGAACACGGCUUCAAUCUUCUCGUCGGAAACCACGAUCUGCUACGCUACUUCUUAUACUGUAUCGAACGCUUCUCACAGGCUCAAAACGGCGGCGGAUCACACGGCCUUAUGUCUUUGGAAGCUCGUCUCGUGUGGCAACUUGGCUGCAUGCCUCGAUCCAUUCCCUCAAACACAGUUUCGCCACAUAUCAACAAUCUUCUACGACGUCUAGCUAUAGUGGAUAAUUUACUGUGUGGCACGUUUUUGGACUCCGCCAUGGUUCCUGCACAACCUCCGGCCAGCCCUCCAGACCCGAAACUCGUUGAGCAAUACACUCAAUAUCUGCAAGACGCCUUCUGGCACCAAUUGGGCCGCUUUGUUAGCAUCCACGACGACAUCAUCUCACCUGACGCCGCCCAACAGAUUGCUACAGCUCUUGCAGCUAUGCGCAAUAUACUCUCCAUGCUCGAGAACCGUGAUGUUCUUUAUUCAAUGGCUAUUGCUCGUCACUUCGGUGGCCGUAUGGUCGACUAUACGGAGAGCAAAAUCCUGGUUUCGAAAAGUGCAGAGCCAGAUGAUCCCAUUGCGAAACUUGCCGUUGCAAUGAAUUUCAUCCGUGAUGAAGAUUCGCAAGGCACGACACAAGUAGUACAAAGGCUGUGUGGUAUGUGCAGAAGGAGUUGGCAGCUCCAACGGCAGGCCACGCUGUCUGGAUAG